GUGGAGGUCGGCGGCGGAGUCCCUCCCCCGGCUGCUGGGAACAGUUGAGGGAUCGUCCCAGAGUGCCAGCUCAGCCUCAGCCGUGCGGCCCCGCCUCGCUCCACUGGAGCACAUGUUGGGUGACAGGAGGAUAUGAAUCAGAGGGUGAGAGGAGAAGCCCACAGCAGAAAGCUCCGAGGCGACUGAAGGACUCUGGAUGUUUUUGAACCGUGGACCACGUGAGGCUUUUUCGAUCUCAGUGAAGAAGAGGAGAUAGUUCUUCCUCUCUUGACCUGCAGAUGUUGUUCACACCCAGGGUCCACUUGAUGGAAGCCUUUACGCCCGCGUCCGCAAGAAAGACUCCCUGGAGGGAGUUGUCACCAUCAACGGCCUCCCAGUCCUUGAAAACCCUUUGACCAAUGCUAAGAACCUGCUGCAGAACGCCAGCCACCCCCUCCAAACCGCCGAACAGACACUUCCUGUAGCAGGCCACGCCUCCCUCCCUGCUGUCGACCACACCCUCUCCGUGAGCAGCGACUCGGGUAACUCCACCGCCUCCAUCAAGACCGAUCGUACCGAUGAGCAGAGCCAGUCGGUGCAGACCGCCGCCAAUCACAGCAACCCGCCAGUGACCCACCCGCCCCUCAGCCCGCAGGAGAAGAGGGAGCUCGACCAGCUCCUGAGCGGCCUCGAGGCGCAGACUCACCUGAGGCAAGCCUACCUGUCCACAUCCACCAGUCCUGGGGGCGGCGUGCGGCACCUGGUCCCGGCGCAGGUGCACGUCAACGGGGGCCACACCAGACUAGCUGGUGCCCGUACAACAGAGGAGCGAGAGACGGAUAUUCUCGACGACGAGCUGCCCAACAGCCAAGAGGGCAACAGUGUCGACAGCUUGGGCACGAUCUCGUCCCUCGAGGGUCAGGGGACGCCAGCUGACCUUUACUACCAAUCACAGACGCCUGUCAGUGGGCAGAACGACGGGCUGUACCUCGAGAGAGGCGUUCUCGGGGAAAAGUUGAGCGAAAUGCCCGUGCACGGAGUACGAACUCCCACGGCGAUGCAGGAGAGGUCGGUGGACUCUGCAUCACCACAGGAGGGGUACAGCAGCUUCCAGAACGGCGGAGGGAUGUACCGCUCGCAGUCCUUCGGGAACCCCCCGGCCAGCAGCCCUGAAACCAAUCCCACGCUGAUGCCCCGGGCCCCAGAGAGGAGCACCAGCAGCCGAGAGGCCGUUCAGAGGGGUCUCAACACCUGGCACCAGUACAGCCUCCCGGACGACCCCUUCGGACCGCCGCUGCAGUCCACCCACAGCCUGCCGCAUUUCCCAGCGUCGCAGCGGGACAUCGAGCAGUCCAUCGAGGCGCUCAACAUGCUCAUGCUCGACCUGGACCCCAUCAACUCCCACAUGUCCAAAUCUCACAGUGCGCCCCCUGGUGAGAACAGCCUGAAUUCAUCGCAGGCACCGUUCUCCCAGACGCUGGCCAGACCCUCGUACCAGGCGGACUCGGCAAUCCACGGCUACAGCAGCUCGGGCUCGGUCAACAACGCCUUUCAUCAGCCGCUCCGCUCGACGGGGAGAGUGUCCAACCAGAGCCCCGUCAUGGAGUCUCCUGUGUACUCCCCCCAGAGGCCCAACGCCAGCUUCCAACACCAGAACACCACCCCGACACACACCCCAGAGCCCUACCUCCACCCACGCCCAGCACCACACCACUUCCCCACUGAUUUUACCCAGCAGGCUCCGCUGAAGCCUGCGAACUCACACCAGAGCUCCGGGGUUUCCCACUCCCCGGAGCUGCAGGGCUCGUCUCCUUACCAAGGCUACAGCGCCUCGUCUUCCCCCGUCCCGGCUCUCACCCCCCAGCCCAAAGACACGUCCUCUUCAUCGCUGGCCAGAGAACAAGACGCAGAGGAGGAGACGCUCAACCUGGAAGGCCUGGUGGCUCACCGCAUCGCUG